AUGGACCCCAGCGACAACGUUGAGACGGGGGAGACGGAGAGGCACCCGGCCCUCUUUUACGUUCCCAUUCCAGAAGCGUCCGUGUCUAAGAACGAGCAGGAAAAACUGUCGGGCGUUGUGAAAAACGUCCACAGAAAGCUCCGCAGGAAAUACAGAGAAGUGGGCGACUUUGACAAGAUUUGGCGCGAGCACUGCGAGGAUGAGCAAACGCUGAGCGAGUACGCCGUCGCCAUGAAGAACCUCGCCGACAAUCACUGGGCUGUCAGCUGCGAAAAGGAGGGACGCAUCGAUUGGUGUCGCAGUGUCUGCCAGGAGUAUUUCCGGGAUGGUGGCAUGAAAAGAAUGUUGGAGAAGGAUGAGAAAAGUGCCACUUUCUCUAGCGCUCCCACUGAAGCGUCUGCGUUUGGAAGGCCGUCUUAUGCUAGCCAAAGUCCAAGCACUCAAAUGGGGAAGAUACGACUCCUUGACGUCGGAAGUUGCUUUAACCCUUUCAUGAAGUUUGACGAGUUCCUUACAGUGGGUAUCGACAUUGUGCCUGCAGUCGAGAGCGUGUACAAGUGCGACUUCCUCAACCUCCAGCUCCAGCGGCCCCUCCAGCUGACUGGGGACGCGGUGGAGACUUUCCUGCGCCACCUGCACAACCCCAUCGACGCCCUGCCGGGGCAGCUCUUCCAUGUGGUGGUCUUCUCCCUGCUCCUGUCCUACUUCCCUUCGCCUUACCAGCGCUGGAUCUGCUGCAAAAAGGCCCACGAGCUACUGGACCUGCACGGCCUGUUGCUCAUCAUCACCCCCGACUCCUCCCACCAGAACCGCCACGCCCUCAUGAUGCGCAGCUGGCGCGUGGCGGUGGAGUCGCUGGGCUUCAAGCGCUACAAGUACGUCAAGUAUUCCCACAUGCACCUGAUCGCCUUCCGCAAGGUAUCGCUGGCCACCACUGGCGACCUGGUGUCGCGCAACUACCCCGAGAUGCUCUACAUCCCUCAGGACUUUCACCCCAGCGAGGAAGACGAGGGCGGCGACGGGCAGGCUCGCUCCGAGAUGGAGGACGAGCAGCUCGCUUGGGCCUUCGCCGAGCUGCCCGACGCCUGCGACUCUGAUUCCGGGGAGAGUCAGAGUGGCUCGGUGCCCGGCUUCCAGGAGCUGGAGGACCCCAUUCUGCUCCAGACCUAA